AAUGAGAAGGCAUUCUGGAACGCCGACGUCUCCGUGCAAGCUGACGUUGCUUCUUCUCUUGUUCAAAUUGCCAGUCACAUCGAAAAGACUGGCUAUAAGGUACCAUCUGACUGGAUUGACGAAUUGAGAAGGAGAGAAGAUGAAAAGGAGGCCAAAAACGCAUCGAAAGCCACGGAGGAGUUGGCACAUGGAUUCAUCAAUCCAUUAAACUUCCUCGCCCGCCUAGACAAGAAACUUCCUGAUGAUGCUAUUUUGGUGGCAGAUGGUGGUGACUUUGUUGGAUCAGCAGCAUACAUCGUACGACCACGUGGUCCAUUACAGUGGCUUGAUCCUGGAGCAUUUGGUACACUCGGUGUAGGUGGCGGAUUUGCACUUGGAGCCAAAGUGGUUCACCCUGACCGUCCAGUGUAUAUUCUCUGGGGAGAUGGGUCAUCUGGUUAUUCCAUUAUGGAAUACGAUACAUUUACUCGGCACAAGUUGCCAGUUAUUGGUGUUAUUGGUAACGAUGCUUGCUGGUCUCAGAUUGCUCGAGAGCAAAUUCCGAUGUUUGACAGCAGUGUUGCAGUUGACUUGGCGAGAACCCACUAUGAUAAAGUGGCAGCUGCUUUGGGAGGAUGGGGCGUAACGAUUGAUGCUGAAAAUGUGUCAUCUACUGAAGAAAUUCUAGAGGAAGCUCUGCGUGAAAAUCGUCAGGGCAAAAGUGCUCUACUCAAUGUACUUAUUGGCAAAACGGACUUCAGAGAGGGUUCAAUAUCAGUGUAG